GAAAGUCUCCAAACCGCGUCUUGGAUCGCUUGAGGACGGUGCCGUCCACCAAACCGAGCCACGAGUCUACCCCGACGACAGACAACGCGUGGAAGAAAAUUCACAUCAAUCAUCACUACGCUCUCGCCACCCCCGACAGUCAUCUGAAGGGUCGCCGCGCCGCGUCGCGACCCUCAGCCCCUAGUUCCGAUCCAUGGGAAGGGCUACGAUUAUGGAUCGUGACCGAAGCAGGAGGUACGAGGAUGGCGAAGUGACCCGCUACGGCGCCGGCGAGUCCUACCGCCCCUUCAACCGCGACAGGUCCCCCCGCCGAGCCAGGAGCCCGCUGCCGCGGGAUAGGGAGCGCGACCGCGACCGCGACAGGGACAGGGACCGAGACAGGGACGUUAGGGACCGCGAGCGAGACCGAGAUCGAGACCGCGAUCGAGAGAGGGACGUUAGGGACCGCGCCCGCAGCCCUCCCCCGACGGCCAGCGACAGCUACGUGCCGGGCCGGUCGCCGGCUCCCCGUCGACCGCGCUCCAGGAGCGUCGGCCCCGGCGACCGCUUCCGCGAUAGGGAUAGAGACAACAAGCCGGGAGUCGGCAUCGGGGAGCGCGGACCGCAGCCGCAGGGCGCCGACUGCUGGCGCAGGCCUCGCGAUAGCAGCCGCGGACCCGGCGGCGGCGGCAUCAUUAGUGGUGAUAGGGAUAGGGACAGGCGUGGGGCGAGGAGUCCUCCGCCGCCGAGGCGACCGUCUCCCCCGCCCAGGCGAGCCAGCCCACCGCCGCGGCGGAGCCCCCCGAGGCGUAGUCCGCCGCCGAGGUUCGCGUCGCCGCGCAGAGCUGACGACAGGCCUGACAGGGCGAGGUCGCCCCCUGUGCGGAGGGACUAUGACGCUCGUGACAUUGCUGCAAGGAGAAGGUCGCGAUCGCCAUACGACCGAGAGCGCCGAAGAAGUCGCUCGCCGGUCCGCAGGUCUCCCGCGCCCGCCAUCCGAUCGUACCGCCCACGCACUCGUAGCCCCGAGCGACGUGACGACCGAUACCCAGCAUCCGCGAACUCGUACCGCAGGGGCUCACCCGCGAUAGGGCCCAGGGAUCAGACCAACAUUCCCUCUGCGCUGACUUCCCGCUCCGUCUCGGGGAGGUCCUCACCACGUCCUGGUUCCGUCCGCGGCGGACGUCCAGGAGGAGUCGGCGCCCCGGGAGACAGGUCGCGCCCCCAUUCGCCCGCCUUCGUGUCGGCCGCCAACGCGAUCCCGGUCAGAGAGGUCCAGAAGCCCAUUGUGCCCGUUGAUACGCCCACCGCGCCGGCGGCGGCGGCUGCUGCUGCUCCUACCACUGGUCCUACCACCUCUACCUUCGUCCCACCUGCACGAUCUCCCCCGCGUGCACCGGCCGCACUUCGGGCGCCACCGACCGGCCCCAGUGCCACGAGAAAUCAGUCGGUUCCCACCGGACCGGCCUCCUCGUCGCCGGCGACCCCCCACGGGCCGCGCCACCACCCGCAGGCGACCCCGGGCUCCUCGCAGCAGCCCCCAACUGGUCCCUCGAACCCGAACCGGAUCGAGGUCGCCACUAGCCCGAGUAUGCCCAUCAACCCUCCCUCCGGUCCUAGAGGUUACCGAGAGGGUGCGCGCGGUGGCGGCUAUCGUGGCGGCCGCGGUGGCGGUGGUGGUGGUGGCAGCGGUUGGGGUCCCGUGCGCGGCGCGCCCAUUGUGAACGGCGUCGGCGGCCACGCAAACGGCAUUCACCACAAUGGGAUCCACAAUACAGGCAGCGGCGGCGGCUCCACCACGACCUCGCCGGCCGCGCCGCUCGCGUCUGGAGCCAACGGAAUACCCACAGGCCCGCGCGCCACCUCGAUCUCGUCUCUCUCUUCGUCAACCGCAGCCGCAGCAGCAGGAACAGCAACAGCCACCGUUGGAGGUUCAACCUCAAACGUGACAUCGCCCGCCGGCACAACCUCGCCUUCCCUUUCCGCGAAGCCCUUCAACCCGCCCACCGGUCCGGCAUCACAACAGCAACAGCAGCGGCAACAAAGCACAGAGCGCAACGGCGUCAUAUCCACGCCGCCCACCGGUCCGCGCGCAUUGCAGCCACAGUCACAACAACAGCAACCACAACAGCAGCAACCUCAACAGCAGCAGCAGCAGCAGCAGCAGCAGCAGCCUCAGCCGCAGCCCCCACAGCAACAGCAGCAACAGUCGCUCGUGCAGCAAGCAAUCGCGACCAUGCCCACUCUCGUCCCGGGCGGCAAGCUAGACCCGUCCCUUGCCUGCCUCGGCUCGGGCCUGACCAAGGACCUAGAGCUGCACCACAAGCGCCUGCGCGAGGACGAGGAGCGCAUCCGCGACGAGCUCCGCGCAAAGGAGGACAAGCUCCGCAAGUCGCUGCGCAUGUGGGACCGCCUCGAGCGCGAGGCAAAGGGCCACGUCCUCCGGACCGAGCUCAGCGACAAGAGCCUCCAGGCCGUCGCUGGUGACGGCGCCGGCGGCGCCGCCUUCUGAGUGCGGCAACUGCGUGUGGGUGUUGGAAGAACAAAAGAACAAAAAAAAAGAGAAGUAACGCUACCGAUAUGGUUGAUGGUUUCUGGCGCUCAGGCCUAGUUGCAAAGCCCUUCGGAAUGCUUUCAACUUCUUUUCACCUUGACUUGGCACAUGAUCCCCUUGAGUGCCAUUAAACCAACCCCCAGGCCGCAAAUCAAUGCCAGUCGGUCAGUCACUUUUCUUUUCACUAGGGAAUAAUAGAUUCUGGGAUACCUUUCCUCUUCGGUUAGGCUUCAGUUUUAUGGCACUGAAUGGGAUACGAAUAGUCACCUCGGAAUCCCCCACGGGACAGAUAGAUCAGAUUUCUUUCGCCAUGGUUCUGUCGAUGCCUUGAGCUUCCUUGUUCUUCUCGGGCAUUUGCCAUCUCUGCUCCCUCUAGCGACAACCUAGCUGCCUUGCUUUUUAAUCCUUGCCCCGACUUAAGCCGUCGGCAAGACACCCUAGACAUAAACUUGAUGUUGCAAUGUUGCAGCGUUACUUUGACCCCUCGUGCC